AAGAAGGAGGCAGGGCACGUGAAUAAAGGAAGUGCCGCAGUGUUCUCGGCUCUGUUCUCCGCUGCGUAUAUGUUCAACGCGGCUUUUAUCUGCAAUUCCAAACAAUCAGGCUUCUUCGAUCUUUUUUAAAACUAAACAAACAUAGCAUUUCACAAUGGCCACUGAUUCAGGCUACGGUCAGUAUGGCGGUGGCUCACAAAGCUAUGGGUCGUAUGGCGGUCAGCAAGGUGGACAGGGUUAUGGUCAAGGAAAUAAUGGCAGUGGCUCUUUCACACAACCAGAAGGGUAUACCCAGCCUCAAAGCCAAACCUUUAAUAAUUAUGGGCAAGAAUCAUCUGGGUUCAGUGACAAGUCGACCUUUGAGCAGCCAGGUUCCUUUGGUGGCCAGGGACAAGCGGGAGAAAGUUAUGGUCAACAAAGCUCUUAUAGCAGCCAAGGACAGGGUGGUGGUAGUCAAUAUGGAGGCCAGGGGCGAGGAGGAGAAAGUUAUGGACAACAAGGUGGUGGUGCUGGAUAUGGUGGCCAGGGCCGAGGAGGUGCAGGAGGUGCAGGAGGAGAAGGAUUUGGACAACAGAGUUCUUAUGGUAGCCAGGGACAAGAAGCCAGCAGCGGUGGCUAUGGAAGAUGGAGUGAAGGUGAAGGUGGCGGUCAGGGUGGGAGGUUUGGACGCGAUUCUGGUGACCGGUCAGAAGGAGGGGCCUUCAGAGGCCGAGGCCGCGGUAGCUAUGACCGCAGUGGUAGUGGUGGAUACGAGCGUGGUGGCUAUGACCGCAGUGGUAGUGGUGGAUACGAGCGUGGUGGCUUUGACCGCAGUGGUAGUGGUGGAUACGACCGAAGCGGAAGAGGCGGACCUCCUGGUAUGGGAGGUGGUGACCGUGGUGGCUACAAAAAUUACGGUGGCUCUCGAGACUAUGGCUCAAGGGAUGAACCAGCUGCUGGAGAGCAGGACAACUCUGACAACAACACCAUUUUUGUUGAGGGACUUGGAGAAGAUUCCACCGAACAGGAAGUCGGCGAUUACUUCAAGCAGAUCGGUGUCCUCAAGGUGAACAAGAAAACUGGGCGGCCAAUGAUCAAACUCUACAAUGAUAAGGCCACUGGUCUGCCAAAAGGAGAAGCCACAGUAUCUUAUGAUGACCCACCCUCUGCCAAGGCUGCUAUUGAUUGGUUUAAUGGCAAGGAGUUCAAAGGAAAAGCCCUCAAAGUAUCCUUCGCCACAUGUAGAGCUGAGUUCACACAGAGGGGAGGUGGAAGAGGACGUGGAGGAGGAGGAGGAGGAGGCGGUGGCGGAGGAGGUGGAGGUUUCAGAGGACGUGGUGGUGGAGGACCCAACUUUGAUAUCAAGGGAGGAGACUGGCCCUGUCCAAACAGCUCCUGUGGCAACAUGAAUUUUGCGCGGCGACAGGAGUGCAACAAGUGUGGUGCACCUAGACCAGGAGAUGGAGGUUUUGGAGGUGGAGACCGUGGAGGCAGAGGAGGUUUUGGCGGUGACCGAGGCGGUGGCUUCAGAGGUCGUGGUGGAUUUCGUGGGGGAGACCGUGGAGGCUAUGGAGGAGGUGGCGGCGGUGGUGGUUUCGGGGGUGGCUACAAGAUGGGAGGAAGAGGUGACCGCAGAGACGACAGAAGAGACCGGCCAUACUAAUUGUUCAGAUGGAAGCCAUUCCAGCCCUUCAGUUAACAGCAGAGGGGACGGUUUAGUUUGGGAAAACUGGCAUCGGUCAGAUCUUCUGAAUUUGAACAGUGCAUCUCAACUAUUUUCAUCUGAGUGGGUGUGUUGAGCUAAUGUGAAGGGACUGAUUGGCACUGUUGGCAUGUUUUUUUUUUUGUUUUAUUUCUAUGUACAUCCUUUUAAUUUCCUUGGAUUGUAGCUACAGAUGUUUUGUGAGAUAGACUUCGUAUCAUUGUUUUGUAUGAACAAAUAAAAUGUUUUACUUGG